GGUUUUGGGGUGGGGGAAGGUGAUCGGUGGAGGAAUAGGCGCAGAGGGAAUACAGAGAGUUGAAGAGCCCCAGUCAGAGUCCGUGGGUCCAGACAGCUCCGAUGCAGCAGAGUUGUACAGAGACUGGGCGGGGACGUGGCCCUAGGCGGGGACGUGGCUGGGAAUCCGGGCAUAUCUGGGGACCAGCCCCGCUGAAGCUCUAAAGCUUGGGUUAGGGGCGGCAGGAGGCGGGGUGACUCUGAGCCCCGCCCCGGAGGGCAGUGGCAAAAGUUUGCCUUCGGAUCCUCUGGGGCAGAGUCCGAGCGAGCAAGUUCAGGGGCAGGCGACAAGGUCCGGGAGCUGAGCGAGGUGGCUGGGCAAGCCUAGCCGGAGAGAAAGCUGAGGCCACGAGCGACCUCCGGAGGAGCUCCUAGACUAGAGUCCUAGCUGAGGCACAACAGCAUGCAAGCAGCCCAGAUGCGCCUUGCCGAACGAGAACAAGAAACCUGGAGGGAAACCUCAGUUUUCACCAUUCUUGUGAGCUGGGUCUUUGGACGCUGUCUGUUCACGCUGGCAGCCCCGUGAUCUUUGAAAACAAACCUGGGCAUCCACAUGAGCCUGUCUUCAACACUCUCCCUGCAGUCAGGCCUGCACAUCUUCAGGAACCCACCACCACUGUCCCAAUUGUUCCCUGAAAUGAACGUUCCUGGCGCGCCCUCUCGUGGACUGUUGAGGUAACCAUCUGUCUCUAGGACGUCAUGGCAACCACGCAUGCGCAGGGCCACCAGCGAGCCUUGGGGAAUGAUACUCUCCAGGAACAUUAUGAUUAUGUGGGGAAGCUGGCAGGCAGGCUGCGGGACCCCCCUGAGGGUGGCACCCUCAUCACCACCAUCCUCUUCUUGGUCACCUGUAGCUUCAUCGUCUUGGAGAACCUGAUGGUUUUGAUUGCCAUCUGGAAAAAUAAUAAAUUUCACAACCGCAUGUACUUUUUCAUCGGCAACUUGGCUCUGUGCGACCUGCUGGCCGGCAUAGCCUACAAGGUCAACAUUCUGAUGUCCGGCAGGAAGACGUUCAGCCUGUCUCCAACAGUGUGGUUCCUCCGGGAGGGAAGUAUGUUCGUGGCCCUGGGUGCAUCCACCUGCAGCUUAUUGGCCAUCGCCAUUGAGCGCCACCUGACCAUGAUCAAGAUGAGGCCGUAUGAUGCGAACAAGAAGCACCGCGUGUUCCUUCUGAUCGGCAUGUGCUGGCUGAUUGCCUUCUCGUUGGGUGCCCUGCCCAUCCUGGGCUGGAACUGCCUGGAGAACUUUCCUGAUUGCUCUACCAUCUUGCCCCUCUACUCCAAGAAAUACAUUGCCUUCCUCAUCAGCAUCUUCACCGCCAUUCUGGUGACCAUUGUCAUCUUGUAUGCGCGCAUCUACUUCCUGGUCAAGUCCAGCAGCCGCAGGGUGGCCAGUCACAACUCGGAGAGAUCCAUGGCCCUUCUGCGGACCGUAGUGAUAGUGGUGAGCGUGUUCAUCGCCUGCUGGUCCCCCCUUUUCAUCCUCUUCCUCAUCGACGUGGCCUGCAGGGCGAAGGAGUGCUCCAUCCUCUUCAAGAGUCAGUGGUUCAUCAUGCUGGCUGUCCUCAACUCGGCCAUGAACCCUGUCAUCUACACGCUGGCCAGCAAAGAGAUGCGGCGUGCCUUCUUCCGGUUGGUGUGCGGCUGUCUGGUGAAGGGCAUGGGGACCCAGGCCUCACCCAUGCAGCCCGCUCUCGACCCCAGCAGAAGUAAAUCAAGCUCCAGCAACAACAGCAGCCACUCUCCAAAGGUCAAGGAAGACCUGCCCCACGUGGCUACCUCUUCCGGUGUCACUGACAAAACCAGGUCGCUUCAGAACGGGGUCCUCUGCAAGUGACGGUCUCCACAGGACAAGCUCCGCAGCCACACCUAUUUAUUGCAUGCAUUACUUCCACGCGGGACCUUAGAGAUCGUGACUUUGGAGGUCUGCUUGAUGUGGCCAGACUGUGUGGCAUCUCCUGAGGAGGAAAUCCAAGGAGUCACGAACACAUUUCAGCCUGGACAUGGAUGUGCCGGAUCCUUCUGAAUGUACCAAGCUGCUGACUUGGUCCACUGUCUUUGGAUGCCGCUUUCCCUGGUCCAGGGAGGGCAGGUGGUGAUGUGCUGUUGUGCGCAUGCGCGUUGGGAUGAUGUCUUCCUACUUUCACACUACAUUUAUUUUUUUUUCAUAGAAUGGGUGCUCGUGUAUGUUUGUCCGUUGCUGUGUUGUACAGGAUGUGUAUGCCAGCUUUUCCCAGGUGGAGUCCAUUGUCCCAGCUACUAGCUGUGAAAAGUUACUAAAGUAUUCUGUAUUCUUAAAAGCCUUGCCCAAGAGCAGCCCAGGUGCGUGGGCCUUACCCUUACAUACCUGCGUCCCUCCUCCUUAGCCUUAAGUACACCUGAAAGCCAUAUUGUGUGAUCACUGAGGCAUUUCUGAAAGCCACAGAAAAGCCAGCCGGGGUCUCUCGGAAUGCUGGCAUCACUAAAGGAAGAGCCCGUAUGGAGAGGCAAAGUGUUCUCCACUGUGGGUCACCUUUCCAGAGGACUAUAGUCAGUCUGCAUGUAGAGAGUUUCCAGCAGUGACAUCCACAAGCCGGCCCUUCAUCUCUAUGGUACUGAGUUCAAGUCUACAGAGAGAAGCUUGAGGCUGGCCUUCCCCAUUGCCGUGACCUUUCUCUGGCGAGGGGCUGGAGCUGACAGCAAAGCUUCUCAGUUCUUCUCAGUGUGGGGAAUCUGCCAGGCUAGGAGGCGUGACGUGGCUGUUUGUGCACUCUUCAAGAGAGCGCCAUCCCCAUUUCCGGAUGAGGGGCACUCCAGCCUCUCUCCACUGCUUCGACCUGUGCAGAAGACACCUGUGAACAUCCCCUCCCCCGAGGACUCCACCCAUGGGGCACACAGAUGAAAGGUGGGUGUGUUGGAGAGAGUAGCCAGCACCCACGCUCCCAGAACAGCCUUCAUAAGGAUUCUCUCUUGGGGAGACCUCGUGUCAGAGACCCCAAGAGAUCCCAGUAAGCUGAUUAGCAUCAGAGACCAUUGCCUUACGAACCCUGGAAGAGCAGCCUUUAUACACACCCAUGGACCCUUUUAAAGCUGAUUUUUUUUUU